UUGGCUUAGAGAUGGUUCCUUUGUAGUGCCCAACAUGGCCGUGAAGUUGUGGAUGGUUGUGGUUGGGACAGCGAUAGUGGCCCAUGCAGGAAGUAUGAUCACAGCAGAGAAGCAUGCGGCCAUGGAAGAGUCGGAAGCCAUGCAUGAAGACGCAACUGGAGUCACCCUUCAGGUUGUUGUAGAAGUCAUUUGUGGAUCUCUCCUUGCACUAUGGGGCGGCAUUGGGGAUUUCAAGCCAAUUCGCAUGGGCGACUCCAAGAAGCCAAGAUGGGAGUCUUUGCACGCACGACCCGAUUUUCACAGCUAUCGGAGCAGAGCAAAGUUCAUGAGGUCACUGCUGACGAACAUCGAGCCCCCGCCAGGCUAUUGAAACUUCUCCUUGCUACGUGGG